AUGUCCACUCCAUCGGUCCGCAAGGAAUCAUCGGCGGCUUUAUGCAAUCUCGCUGAUGAAUUCGAUAAACACAUUAGCGUGUUAAAUAAGUUGGAGGAUCCCAGGGAGCACUGGAAUUCUUUUUUGGUUGAGUUGCUCAGUAGCAAGCUCGAUCCGUCGACCCAAAAGGAGUGGGAAAACCAAUUAGCAGACGAUGUGCGGCCGGUGUAUGCCGAUCUAAUUGCCUUUAUUCAGAAACGGUCGCGCGUUCUGCAAUCUAUUACGCUCUCCCAACCUCUAACCCCUGUUGCCAGAACCGAACCAAAGCAUGAGUCCAAACCGUACCGUUCGAAAACCUCCUCGUACCACUCUGCCAACAAUGAUAGCAAACCGAAAUGCGUUCUCUGCAAGCAGUCGCACAUGCUCUCGCUGUGUGACGAUUUUAGGAAGCUAACACCACAAAAGCGCUUCGAGUUGGCAAAAAGGCAAGGUUUGUGUUUGAACUGCCUAAAAUCAUCACACUUGAUGAAGAACUGUUCUGCGGGUUCGUGUCGGACAUGCAACAAACGCCACCAUACUCUGUUGCAUUUGAAUCCAAAUACUAGUACAGAAUUCCAUGAUAAGUCCGUAGCGGCACAGGUGGGUCAAUGUCAACAAUCCUCACGAUCGGCAUCGGUUGUCGAAUCGCCGUCGUCGGUGUCGUGCAUUGCCGAUCAAUGUCACGUGGUCCCUCGGGUUAUGGGAUCGGCCCCGUCGCCGUCGGAUGGGCUUGUCAAUCGUUCGUUAUCGUCCGUUUCGUCGUCGGUUCCGCCAGUUGUACCGUCAUGCUCGCCCCAAAGCUCCUCGCAAGUGAUGAAUUGCCAAACAGUAACUCCAAAUCAAUCUUUCGUUUCGAAAGCAUGCAUGUCAUCGGUGUUCAUGCUUACUGCCUACGUCAAAGUAAAACACGGUCAUGGCAGUUAUAUUCUCGCUCGCGCCUUGCUGGAUUGUGCUUCUGAAGCAAAUUUUGUAACAGAAUCUCUCGCUCAACGACUCUGUUCGAAACGCACGUCAGCAAAAAUCGAAGUGUACGGUAUUAGCCAAUCAGUCAAACAAGUGAAACACAAAACCAAUAUCACUGUGUCGUCACGAUCUGAAUCGUACACAACCACUAUGGAAUUCCUGAUAUUGUCUACACUAACCAGGAUUCUGCCCACCACAACGGUGGAUAUCUCGAAAUGGGUCAUUCCACGCCACCUUCCGCUUGCUGAUCCUAAAUUCAAUGUCGCUCAUGACGUGGACCUCAUCAUUGGUGUCAAAAACUUCUUCUCAAUUUUGGAGAACGACCAAAUCUCGCUAGGCGCAGGUUUACCAGUGCUACGUAAAACAGUUUUCGGAUAUGUCGUUGCUGGUGAAGCUGAGCAGAAAACUGCUCCAACCGUUGUGUGUAACAUAACUUCGAUCGACAACUUGGAGUCGAUGGUUCACAAGUUUUGGGAGGUGGAGAGUUUCGAGAAGGGCAAGGUGCUAUCGUUAGAGGAGCUGUACUGCGAGAAUCAUUUUCGGAAGACACAUUUCAGAGCCUCUGAUGGUCGGUACGUGGUUCGUUUGCCGAUUCGUGGGGAAAUGCUUGACACGUUGGGAGAGUCGUUCAAAAUCGCUGAACGCAGAUUCUCAGCGAUCGAGAGAAAGCUAUCGUCAGACCCACAACUACACGCAGAGUAUUCCAAGUUUAUGGAUGAGUAUUUAUCGUUGCAGCACAUGGAGGAAAACACGACCGAAAUUCCUCCAACAACACCACACUUCUAUCUUCCUCAUCAUGCGAUUCAGCGACCGGACAGCACAACCAUCAAAACACGUGUAGUGUUUGAUGCCUCGUGUAGGGGCAGCAACAAUAUUUCGUUGAAUGAUCUCUGCUACAUCGGCCCCACUGUUCAACCACCGCUCGUCUCUACUCUCAUCAAUUUUCGUGUUCCUCGGUAUGCAGUGAGUGCAGAUGCCGAAAAAAUGUAUCGGCAAGUGUGGGUUCACCCUGAUGAUUGCUUGCUGCAACUGAUCCUGUUUCGGAAAAAUCCAUCUGAUGAAUUGAAAACCUAUCGUUUAAAAACGGUGACGUAUGGUACCGCACCGGCACCGUACCUUGCCACACGUGUCCUCAACCAACUAGCGGAAGAUGAAGCUGAAAGGUAUCCGCUGGCAGCUCCAACAGUCAACAAAUGUUUCUACGUGGACGAUUAUUUAUCGGGACAUGAUGAUGAACAACGUCUAGUGGAUACAAACCUCCAGCUAAUUGAGCUUCUUCAGUCAGGCGGCUUUAAAAUGCGAAAAUGGUGCAGUAAUAGUUCCGCGGUACUUUUUCACAUUCCGGAAUCACUUCGGGACUCCCGGAGCGAGCUUGAAAUAAGCCAACCAAGUUCGGUGAAAGCGCUCGGUCUUCUAUGGCAUCCAAAAGCAGAUGAGUUCAGCUUCAACGUACCCGUCUUCUCUACGUCGGAGCCAAUCACAAAACGUUCAGUUCUUUCGGAGAUGUCUCGCCUAUUCGAUCCGAUGGGCCUUGUUGGAGCAGCUAUCGUUGGUGCAAAAAUCUUUCUUCAAGCGUUGUGGUCGGAAAAGUUCAAUUGGAAUGAUGCGUUGCCGGAGAAUUACCUAAAUUGGUGGACACACUUUCGACUCGAAAUAAACGCUCUCUCUUCGCUUCGGAUUCCCCGGCGAAUUCUCGCCGAUAAUUAUCGAAUUCUCGAGUUCCAUGUUUUUUCGGACGCAUCUGACAAUGCGUAUGGAUGCUGUAUGUACGCGAAAACCAUCAGCUCGAAUGGAGAACAAUGUUGCAACCUAGUGAUGUCAAAGUCUCGAGUCAGUCCACUUCGCAAGCUGUCGAUCCCACGCCUCGAGUUAUGCGCUGCAGUGCUUGGCGCGCAACUGGCAGAAUUUAUAUUAGAUUCGACAAAACUAUCUUUCCCGGUCACGUUUUGGACCGAUUCAUCAAUCGUGCUCCACUGGAUUGCCUCAUCUUCAUCGUCCUGGAAAGUUUUCGUGUCAAAUCGGGUUGCAGAAAUACAUCGUUUGACAGGUGGGAAUAUGUGGCGUCAUGUUCCUACUGAAUUGAACCCUGCAGACAAAAUUUCGAGGGGAAUUGCUCCUUCUCUCCUAAAAGGCGACACUCUCUGGUGGCAUGGGCCACCCUACCUACGGCAAGAUGCUCAAACUUGGCCGGAGAAUUGCAUCAAAAUGUCAAAACUACAUUUAGAAGCUCGUACAGCUGAAUCUCGCCAAGUCGUAUCGGUUGUAGUCACCACCAAUCAUGCUACAAUCGAGCUUAUCGAACAACACUCAUCGCUCUCCCAUUUACAACGCAAGGUUGCCUGGUUACUGCGAUUCUACAAAAAUUGCCGUUCCAAGCCACCUCAAAUUCGGCAACUGGGUCCAAUUUCAGCGACCGAGCUGGACCAAUCUUUAAAACUCCUGAUCAAGCAAACGCAAUGGAUCUAUUUUUCGCAAGAAAUCGAGUUUCUUAAGAAGCACAAGGGUGCUUGCAGCAAAAGUUUUUCAUUCAAGUCUCAAUUGAAAUCACUACACCCGUUCGUGGACGCAGAUGGGUUGCUUCGAAUCACCGGUCGACUACAACAGCUCAAUGUUCCGUUCGACACAAAACAUCCACUAGUGUUGCCCUCAAAGGCACACCUCACAAUCCUUAUCGUGAGAAGCACUCAUUUGCGAAUGCUGCAUGCAGGUCCACAACUUCUUCUGUCGACACUGCGGCAGCGCUACUGGCCAAUACGAGGUCGUGACCUCGCGAAGAAAGUUGUUCGAGAGUGUAUCACAUGCUUCCGAUGCAGUCCCCGAAGCAUUGGCCAAAUUAUGGGACCACUACCAGCUGUUCGUAUCACGCCGUCGCGCGCGUUUGCCCGCAGUGGCGUCGAUUAUUGCGGGCCAUUUUCCGUUUCGUUUCCGAAUCGUCGCGGUCCGUCGGUGAAGAUACACGUCGCUAUUUUCGUAUGUAUGUCGUCGAAAGCGGUACACAUCGAUAUGGUGUACAAUCUGACGUCCAACGCAUUCAUCAACGUGCUAAAACGUCUCGUCGGACGUCGUGGUCGUGUAUCCGAUAUUUACUGCGACAAUGCGCGUACGUUUGUCGGAGCAAACCGUAUGCUCGAGGAAAAUCGAAACCAGUUCGACGCAAUGCACAAAUCGCUUGGACUACAAAACUUCUGCGCAGAAACGGGAAUUACCUUCCAUUUCAAUCCAGCUCGUUCGCCUCACUUUGGGGGCCUUUGGGAGGCUUCCGUCAAGACCUUCAAGUAUCACCUGUAUCGUGUGAUGAAGGACACGGUAAUCAACACUGAUGACUUCCACACCUUGAUCAUCCAGAUCGAGGGUAUAAUGAAUUCCCGUCCACUCUGUCCGAUGUCGUCGGACCCAGCAGAUGUUGUUGCCCUUACUCCAGGCCAUUUGCUCGUGGGAGAACCACUUUGUUCCCUCCCCGAGCCCGAUUUGUCUAACACCCCAAUUAAUCGCCUUGAUUCGUUCCAGAAAAUGCAAAGAGGUCUCCAGCAUUUCUGGAAAGCAUGGUCACGAGAUUACGUGGCCCAACUCCAGGACCGUAAAAAGUGGCCAACAAUCCAUCCGGAUGUCGAGGUUGGAACGCUUGUGCUGCUUAAGGACGAUAAUGCUCCGCCAAUGAGAUGGAACCUCGGUCGGGUUCAACAGGUGUUCCCCGGUAUGGACGGACGUGUCCGGGUAGUACAGGUUCGUACUGCCCAUGGCCAAUAUCGACGGGCAAUCACCGAAGUCUGUCCGCUCCCCAUCGAUACAUCCCAGGAAGCUACUACCCAUUCAGCAUAG